AGUACAGUGUUGAAGUUGUCAGUCUGCGAGAAUCUUGUCAAGAGUGUGUAGUAUUUUGAAGUGACAAGCUCCGUGCCGACAUGUCAAAGUUGCCGAUGUACAUUGUUUUCUUCUUCUGCUUAGUUUAUUCGAUUAUACCCCAAACGGUCUACGGAGAUACAGCCGGAGAAAGAGCAUGCAUGCUGAGCAGAUGCUUCAACGAGAUCGAUCUAGUUGAAGUGUGCGGAUCGGAUGGGCAUACUUGGCCAAGUAUGCAGUACAUGCGCUGCAGUAACGAGUGCAAAAAUAUGAACGUCCAGUUCGUCCAUUACGGCCGCUGCGGCAGAUGGAAUUUCGGAUAAAAGUCGAUAAUUGUAGUCAAAGUAUAGUUCUAUUGCUGUCAUAAAGCUUCACAAUAAAAAAAAAAAAAAAAAA